GGCGGGGGUAGGCAAGAAGUCCAGGUCAGAGUGUAGAGCUUUCAAAUUCCAACUUGGCCCUGAAGAUUGAGCGGCGGAUCUUUAAAUCGCCUCCAGCAAGCGAGCUAGUGCUUGCUUCAUUAAACCCUGACAGACGUCUUCUGUUUCACUGGAGACAUCACAGCGGCCAAGUCGAUUGGCCGUGGCAAGUGACCCUCCCUGUGGUUGAAGUGUUCUGAGGACGGGCGAGAGGGGCGCGCCAUGCUCGCCUCCUGCUCAGGCUGGGAGCUUGGCUGCCUCAGUCUCCGUCAGCUCCGACUGUGGGCUGGCGCUGGGCGCUGGGCUUGCCGGGCUUGCCAAGCCAGGCCGUACGUCUCAGGUGGGGGCGAGCACUGGCCAGGAUCGGAGGCUGAGGUCCCUCCGCCUGGCCUGCCGCGCCGGACUCUGAAGGAGUGGACGCUGCAGGUGAGCCCAUUUGGUCGGCUGCGGGCGCGGCUUCCGUGCCACCUGGCCGUGAGGCCCCUGGACCCCCUCACCUACCCGGAUGGCGACCGCGUGCUGGUCGCGGUGUGCGGCCUGGAGGACGGUGCGCGGCGGGUCCUGGAUAACCUGCUGGUGAAGUACGACGAGACUCUGGAGGAGAUGGCCAUCGUGUCUGAUAGUAUCGACCCCCAGACGUCCGUGGAGGUGAACGCGCCCCUGAAGUUUGGUUUGGAUAUCAAGUCAUCUGGGUCUGGCUGUGUAAAAGUUCAAAGUAUCGAGUGUGAUAAUUGUAAAAUUGAAACUGAGCAGGGGACCAGCGUCCUGCAGUCUGUUAAGAGUCAACAAUUGCAUGUUCAAACAAAAGGAGGCAAAGUGAUCUGUCUGGGAACAGUUUAUGGAAAUAUAGAUAUUCAGGCAUCAGAUAAAAGUGCUGUGACCAUAGAUAAACUGCAGGGAAGUUCUGUUACUAUAUCUACCGAAGAUGGUUUGCUGAAAGCCAAGUACCUUUAUACAGAAUCAUCAUUUCUGUCUUCUGCUGCUGGGGAUAUUACAUUAGGAAGUGUUCAUGGUAAUAUAACAUUACAAAGCCAGAUGGGUAACAUCACAGUAGAUUCAUCUUCUGGAUGUCUAAAAGCCUCAACUCAUCAGGGUGCCAUAGAUGUUUAUGUCAGCCAACUGGGGAAAGUGGAAUUGAAAUCCCAUAAAGGGUCUAUUAUUGUCAAGGUCCCAUCUUCUCUUCAAGCUCAUUUACAGUUAUCAGGGAAAGAGGUUGACGUGAACUCAGAAGUCCAUGUUCAGGAAAUGGCUGAAGCACAUAAAGAUGAUGUUGUAACAGUGACUGGACUCAUGAAUCAAGCAAGCAAACAUGAAAAAUGGAUUAAGGCUGAUGCUCCAAAAGGGACUAUAAGUUUUAGAAGGCAAAGCUGGUUUCAGUCCCUGAAACUGCAGGACUAAGACUGAUUUGAGGUUGUAGUUAUGAUUUUUAACAAUGAUUUGCAUAUCUGUGACUACAAAAAUGUAAAUACCACUGUUCAUAUACAUGUUGAAAAGAACAAAUUGAGAAUGAAUACUGGUGAACUGUUUUGGUAGGCUUUUGCAAAAUUUGUACUUGGCCGGGCGCAGUGGCUCACGCCUGUAAUCCUAGCACUU